UCCUUAGUUUUGGAAAACGAGAAACAAAUAAGAAAAAAAGAUAAAAAAAACGAGAAAGAACGUUGGAAUACUGGCUUUCCACCAUCACGCCCACCGACAAUCGCACGCAAUAAACACACACAUAGCCCCAUGCAUUUUCGAUUCGUGUCGUUCCCAAUUUUGGUUAGAAUCUAUUAAUUCCAACAACGUCUGUUUUCUGGCUUAUAUGGUAAUUACCAUAUUUUCUUCUCUUACCCCAACUAGGGUUUGUUUGAUUAUGCUUUCAAGCGUCCUGUCUGCUCACAAUACACCCCCAAAAAAUGGUGAGACGUUUUAGUCGUCGUCCUAAAUCCUCCUCCUCUGACAACAAUCCUGAGUUUUUCAAAGUUUAUUUUCCCCAGAAGAGCUCUCAGCAACUGUGUGUACCACCAGAUUUUGUCAAGCAUUUUAAUGGAACAAUACCAACUAAGGCCAUCCUUAAAGAUCUCUGUGGGAAAUUUUGGCAUGUGGAGAUGGAAGAUGUUGAAAAUGGUGUCUUUAUUAAGAAUGGCUGGCAAAGCUUUGUGAAUCAUUAUUCUAUAGAGCUCGGAGACUUCUUAGUUUUUAGAUACAAUGGAAAUUCUAUUUUUGAUGUUAGAAUAUUUGGUAAGAGUGGAUGUAUGAAGGAAAAUACUUUAGCUAUUGAGAAGACUGCCACACGUGUCAAGAUUGAAGAAGAAACAGAAGCAGAGCAGACUUCUCCCAAGCACACUAACGUUCGCAAGAGAAAGUAUUCCGAAGUAGGCUGCAAAAUAUCUCCAGAAUCAAGAGGUUUACUUGGACCAAUUCAGCUUACGCCACAAAGAAUUGUUUCAGAAACCAUUCAAGAGAAGAAAAUCUUUAAUGCAGGACGGAUGACCUCACCAAAAAAUCCUUAUUUUAUUGCAACUCUCCCUUCGUCAAGGUUAAGGCCAGCCUCCGUGACCAUUCCUAAAAGCAUUGCGACCAAUAAUGAUAUUAAAAUCAAUCCACAAAUGGUGUUAUGUGAUCAGGAUCGGAAGUCGUGGCCUGUGAAUAUUGUUCCAAGGAAGGAUGGUCGGCUGAAUUUCUCCCAGGGGUUUAGGGAUUUUUUGCAGGAUAACAGUAUCGCGUUAAAUGACAAGUGCCUAUUUGAGUUUCUUCCUGACAGAGAAAGAAGCAGGGGCAGAGAAAUACAGGUACAAAUUAUCCGCGCAGGAGCAAGAACACGGAAAACCCCAUAAAAAGAGUGCUGUGAAUUUGGGGCAUGAACACGGAACUUUGAACUCACAUUUUUUCACAUGAAUUGCUGCUCUUGUAAUUAAAUCGCUGAACGAAAUCCACGUUGUGAUCAGGAUUUGGUUUUUGGACUUGAAACCUCCUUGCCUGAUAUGUAAAUAUUUUCCUUUUUCAAUCACUCUAGAGAAUAGAUUGUUGUCUCUCUUGUAA